AUGGAAAAUGCUAGACCCAUAUCAUCUCCUAUGUCUACUUCCGAUAAAUUAACGGAAGAUCCUAAAAGGAUUCCUGUCGACACUAAGAAAUAUCGGGGAAUGAUUGGAAGUUUAUUGUAUAUUACUGCUAGUAGACCCGAUAUUCAAUAUAGUGUUUGUAAGUGUGCUAGAUUUCAAGUUGCACCAAAGGAAUCUCAUUUAUCUGCUGUUAAAAGAAUUUUACGAUACUUAAAAGGCACUGUUGAUCUAGGCCUUUGGUAUCCAAAAGGAGUACCUUUUGAUCUAGUAUGUUUUUCUGAUUCGGAUUAUGCCGGACACUUGGUUGAUAGAAAAAGUACUAGUGGUACGUGUCAAUUUCUUGGUGGAUGUUUAGUUUCGUGGUUUUCAAAGAAACAAAAUUCCGUAUCUAUUUCUACCACUGAAGCUGAAUAUAUUGCCGCCGCAAAAUGUUGUGCACAAGUAUUAUGGAUGAAGCAAACAUUAGCGGAUUACAAUGUUAAAUUUGAUGUUAUAUCUAUAUUAUGCGAUAACACGAGUGCAAUUGAUUUAAGUAAAAAUCCCGUGUUACAUUCAAGAUCUAAGCAUAUAGAUAUAAGACAUCACUUCUUACGUGAUCAUGUCAAUAAAGGCGACAUAAAAAUGACUCAUAUUGAAACUGAGUAUAAUAUCGCAGACAUUCACAAAGCCUUUAGGUUCCGAAAGAUUCGCUAA